AUGUCGAACGAUCGUACCUCCCCUAUCUCGGUCCCGCACUCAGAGAACCGUCAACGCCGCGGUUCUAUUGCCGACCUCUUUUCCAAACCCAACAAUGUCAACACCGCCAACAAUGCCAAUCAGACCAAUCAAGCUGCCAAUCAGCGACGCCUGUCAAUCACCACUCUAGGUCUCUCCGGUUCCCCUACUCAGACCUCAGCCUUUGGCAACAACCGCAACAAUACCCUCCGUCGAGGCAGCCUAUCCAGUUCAUUGGGAUCCACCCCAAAUGAAGACGCUGUCGAGGAUACAGAAGGCACAUCCCCCAACUCGCAGUUUGCGAGACGGGUCUCCUUCGGUGCCCAGGCUCUACGGGAUGCUCGUGGAGGAUCCAUUGGCAAUGGUAGAAAUUAUCCCCCUCCCUCUGUGGUUGGCCCCCGUCGUUCUCCCCCACCUGGUUCGGCCAUUGUGUCUACCCGCUCUCCCGCAAGUAUCUCAACCUCUCCUCAGGAUGAGAGAUCUAACGCAUCCCGCCAAAUCCUAGGCGAAGGCUUUAACUGGUCCGAGGCCCUCCGCUCUCGUGCCGAGCGUGCCCCUUCCAUCGGCGGUCCCCCGCGUCAUAACGGUCAUCAGCGUGCCGCUUCCAUCGCUUCCAUGGAGCAGCCUGGCAGGGAAAUGCCCCGUCAGCCAAAGCAGAAUAAACCUGAUUUCUUCCAGGAGAAGAUAUUGAGAGGUGACUUUAUGGAUUAG